CAAAGGCCAAGACACCUGCAAAGACACAACACCUGCUAAACCCAAGACACCUGCUGAAGAAAAGACACCGAAAUUCUCUGGUAUUGCACGUCUCAUGAAAACUCCCAAGCCUUUACCCAAGUCUCCAAAGUUGGGUGGCAUCAAGCAGCUUGUCGCAUCUCCCACGAAGAUUGACCCUUAUGAUGACUUCGAAGGAGUACCUGAACUUUUUGUCACUCCUAAGCGACAACUCCCAUCCCCUGUUAAGGCUAGCGCUAAGAAGACAACCAAGCGCAAGGCCUCUCCAUCACCAGCUCCACCCGCUAAGCGCACCAAAGCAAGCACCCCGGGGCCCAAGGCCAAGAAAGCUGACACACCUGUUAAAGAAUCCAAAAUUGCAACACCUAGUCCUGUGAAGCCAAAGAGACCCAAGAGAGGAGCUGCACCCAAGCAAACCCCAGCCAAGAAAGCCAAGACACCUGCUAAGAAGACACGUGCUGCCAAGGCAGUCACGGAUCCAUCUCCUGCUCCAGUCAAGAAACAGACCCGUGGCAAAAGAGCAGCUGUUGAACCCGUUGAGGAGCCACCUGCCAAAAAGCAGGCUGUUACUCAAGCAGACUCUUUGGGAACAACAACACCAGCGAAGCGUGGACGUAGAGGAGCUGCAGCCAAGAAGGCUAAAACUCCACCAGCUAAAGAAAAGACCCCCAAGAAGCAGACAAGAGGAAGGAAAGCAGUUGCUGCUCCAGAAACUCCAGUGGUUUCUGUUGAACCGUCACCUAAGAAGACCCGUGGGCGAUCUAAGAAACAGGCAACUGCUCCAAUACCCAAGAAGACUGUGAAAAUAGUGUCGCCUGUUAAGGCCGAGACUCCUGCUCCCGCAAAGAGAGGUAGAAGAGCAGCUGCUACAAGUAAGCCAACUAAAACACCCACUAAGAAGGCAACACCUGCUAAGAAAGCAACACCCGCUAAGAAAGCAACACCUGCUAAGAAAGCAACCACCCUGGAUGUUGAGGAAGUGGUCCUUGUUGAGCCCAGUCCCAAGAAGACUCGAUCUGGACGUGGAAGGAAAGCCGUCAGCUCUCCUGCGCAACCCAAGGUAGCCCCCAAGAAGACAGCCUCUAAAUCUGCACCUGUUCAGAAAACACCUGCCAAGACACCGGCUAAAUCCAAGGCAGCUCCCAAGAAGACCCCAGCCAAGACAACUAAGGCUAAGAAAGAAGCCGCAGCAGUUAUAGAAGCACCUACUGACUCCCCCAAAACAACCAGGUCAGGAAGAAGCAGGAAGAAAGCAUCUCCAGCUAAGCCAGCCAAGUCGCCAGUAAAGAAGACACCAGCCAAGAAGGUGCCACGCAGUAAGGCAAGCAAGGAGGUUACGGCAUCACCAGUCAUUGCCGAGCCAAGCCCCAAGAAGACACGUAGAGGGGCUGUCAAGAAGGCCACUGCCACCCCCAAACCAAAAGCCAAGGCCAAUAAGCAGACUGUUGUAGAGAUCAUCAGCAUCGACUCACCUACUCCUAAGAAGCAGCGGGCGACAAGGGGGAGAGCAGCAUCCAAACCCAAGACACCCAAACCUGCUGCAAAAACCUCCAAAGCAGCCAAGAAGGUGGCAUCUCCAACCGUCACCAAAAAGGCUUCACCUGCUGUCACAAGGAGAACCACUAGGUCUAGGAAAAAUUGAAAUCUGUCAUUUUACACUGAUGCAGAUCUCAGGCUCAAUAAAAAGAUUCAAAUAGAGCAUUCAUUUUCAGAAAACUUUGGAGUCAUUUGUUGCUACAUGUAUUGAAGUGUGAUUAAGAUAAGAGGAUUUAAGCAUAUUUAUUUCUUCCUUUUUACUGGUCUCUUCACAAACAGUUCAUUUUUUAGACUUUGAUUGUCACAUUAAUCUACUAGCUGGUAAAAUAUUGAAUCAUUGUGAUCUAAAUUUGAUAUUUUCUUCAGUGUCUGAAUGUUUUCGUACAUAAUAUGCAGAUGAAUUGGACCAAUAUAUUGGGAUUUUGAAGAUCCAUUUUAUACCAUUUUAGUUGAAAUGGAAAGGAUGUAAAAGUAUAAACGAGGAGUGGAAUUUUACUUUUUGAAAUUAUUGGUAUUGAUAAGUCACAAGUAAAAAAACCCCCAAUCAUCAGUACUUCUAAUUCCAAGUAAAGGGCGAAGUCUUCACCUUCCCUCCGAGAUAUUUGUAUUGUAAAUAGAGCUUGGAUUUCACCUACUGUACAUAUUUGUACAAAGUUCAUAGUUUUAGCCUUAGUUUUGUUAAUCAUUCAUCUGCUAAAAUAGAAAUAGGGAAGCAAUACAUUCCUAAUUGAACAUUUGGGUUUUUAUAUUCUACUUUCCAGAACUACUUGUUACUGAAAGCGAAAAUACUUAGCAUGGUUUAGUGACAAAUAUUUGCAAAAUAAGUCUUCCAUUUGAUACACGUUUUGCAGUUUUUGAUGCAAGGGCAAAAGGUGACUACAUUUUUGCACUGCAUCGGUGAAUUUCAUAAAAAAAUAUUAAGGAAACUAAGGAAUUCGGGAAAGUGGCCUGCCUAGUUUUCUAGCUUUUUAUAGUGUUGACAUUUGUACAUAAGUGAUCACAUUUUUUCCAGUAGAAACCAAUUUGGAUAUGGAGUGGUUUUUAAAGGUGUUCUGUAAAACAACCUGUAAAGGGGCGAUUGUAAAAGUGGUUACGUAUUUAAAUGUGUAUUCUUAAAACAAUUUAUUCUCGUGGAAGAUAGUAUAUAGAGAGUGUGAAGUAGAUUCUAGGACCGAGUUGUAAAUAUGAUGGUUUUAAAGAUUUGUCAUUUUAAAGUUUCAUUUAGGUGUCGUUUGUCUUCAAGUAAUGUGUCUUCUCAAUCGUCUCAAAUCUACGGGAAUUAGUGCUCAGGGGCUGUACGAUAUUUUGUAUUUCUAUGUAAUUCGAAUUCAUAUACAUGUACAUGUAGUGUUUUUCCUGAUUUUUUUUUUUAAGAAAGGCUGACUGGCUGAGUAAUUGGGUUAUAUCAUGACUACUUGAAAGCUUGACAUAAAAAAAUACCACCAGAAAUGCUUUAAGGCAACACUCUAUUUAUUUUGAAACAGCUAAAAUAUUUUUAGAGUAAAAUUUGGAUUACAAAUAGACACAAAACUAGUGGGAAAAUAAUGUGUGUGUUGUUUUUUUUUCAGACAAGUUUUUGUUUUCAUAACUGCUCAUGGUGACCCCUUUUUAAAUUGUAAUACUAUGUUAGUUUGAUGUUAAUUUUGUUCUCACAAUUACUCUUUGUUUAAGGUCGUUAGCCACAGGUUAAUAGAAACUCAUGAAGGAACAUUGACUGUCUCUUGUAAAGCACGCCCUCUGUUGUCAAGACUAUCUAUGGACUGAUCAAUGCAAAACACGUGUACUUGUACACGUAUGUACAUUAAUCUCUAAAAUAAUUUUGAUCAUAACUUGAAAUUUUGUUUAAAAAGAAAAUAGAUAAAGGCCACAGGUCAGGAGAAAAUAUUUGUAAGUGUUCAAUACAAUUCAUAUCGAUUCACUUUUGUAAAAAUAAACUUUCAAAAAACUCUUUUUGUCAAGCAGAUGCGAGUAGAGCUGUGCUGCGGUAUAAGAAAAAGUUAGUACAUGUACAUGCACUUGCAUGUAUUUUUGAGUGACGAAAAAACAGGCCGGCCCUGCCUAAAGUAGACUAGUUCCUUUGAUAUGGUAUGUUACUACAAGUUGUCAAGUCCUUGUUUCAGGGACACGACAAAGAUGGCACAUGUAAGUGAAAUGGGCUGCUGGUUUUCUCUCAACUCUGUUUGCCACUUAAUGCUUCCUCGUAGCAUUUUUAUUUUAAUAAAAAUGAAAGAACUGAGCGAAUGGGCCAUUGGAAAUAAUAAUCAUAUAUCGGUUUAGAAGUGAAGCUGCAAUCUUACAAGUGCAGCAAGUUUUCAAGAAGGCUACUGAAUAAAUCUUUGUACAGUUGUGAUGAUUGGAACC